AUGGCAGACAACCAUUCACGUUACGGUUCUGUGCCGUCUCACCAGUCUUCGGACCAAUCUCGGUCGCAUCAAGAGGCUUCCGAGCGCCCCCAAAGACCAGUCAUCACGUCGCUGCCAUCCCUCCGCCCUUCCAACUCUACUCCUCGAAGAUCGCCGGCUCCCGGAGGCCAGGCUCCCGACGUGUAUGGUUUUGACGAUAACUACUCCCUUUUUAGGACUUACAAUAGCUGGCAACCGACGUCUUCUUUGGUAGCCGCUGGCCCAACUUACCCGCAAAGUCCGAGUGUUACAUCAGCCGGAGAGCCGACCAUGGCUUCUUGUAAUUCGAUACAGUCAUUUUCGCCUUUUGCCUCUUCGAUCGAUCACAGCCGACGUAAAACUCACAUUUCAAAUACAUCGGGCACUCAUCCUAGGAAGCCUCAUCAAGGUGUCGUGUCCUUGCCGUCAACCCGGCAUGUGUUGAGCCCCCAGUCAAAGACUUCAAGUCCUCGUCUUGGAAGCAUCCGUACUAUUCCAACCUCGCGAGACAAAGCUGGCAACAACGCCAACUCUCAGUCCCAGGAAACAGGUGGGAGCCUCUUCGUUAAUUCAUGUGAUCCAGUUUGUGGCAGUUCUCUGCUGGAUCGCUCUGAUGCGUCCUUCCUGGCUCACUCGUCUCCUUUGAGGGUUCCAUCAUCCCCGGGCGACAAUCACAUAGGGGACCUCAGAGUCGCAGCCAAGUUGGAAAGUCGCUCCUACCGGACUGGUUUUUUCCCCGAGGCAGAGUCACCCAUCGCGCGGGACAUGGUUGUCAGCGAGGAUGGUGUCGUUGAGAACAAUCCGGCAGGGAUCCAGAUAUCGGGUUUCAUUCUCGAAAACGACGACACUGGCCCUGCCCCGACAACAGACAAGAGUGCGCUGGAGGCAAAAGCGAGCAGCAAACACGCCAAAAGUACGAAAUCGAAGGACUCGAGAACGAUGAAGUUGAUGGCAAGUGGCGAUGAUAUGGUCGCCACGAACAACCGCCUCACCCAACCCUCUUCGGUCCUGGUUGAGCACGAACAAAACGCAACGCCGCGUACCGCAGCCUCAUAUCCUCAUACUUCGCCAAACAGUCCAGACUUUCGUACAGAAGAAAUACCUCAAGUAAAGAAGGGCGCAACGCAUCAUACGCCAUACGUUACCUGGUGUGGCACACAAGAGAAGGCACCGGCUACUGCAGAAAAAUCCGGUGGCAUUCGCGGCUUCAAUUUGAUGUCCAACAUGGCAAUCAGAGCAUCCAAGCCUGUCAUUCGAGUCGUGGCAAACGGUUUGAAAAGGGGCAAACCAUUGACGACAAAUUCGAGGCCGGAGCCAUCCCAACAAAGACUUGCGUCAACUGAGCCUUUUCAUUCUUCGGCCUCCGAGAAGAGUGUCACGAGAGGAACUUCGGGCGUCACUAAGGAGCACGAAACCCUGCCAAACGCGGCAUCGCGCGCAAGAGCAGGUGUGGUAUUCCCGGUCACAUCGCCAUCCACAUCAUCCCGCCAGAGCACGCCAGGAUCGCAUACUCCAACAACGCAGGGUCAGAAACCAAAGGUGUUGAAUCAACGUGGAGUGGAUCCCAGCACACUGGGGUUGGUACCAAUCAACACUUUGCCAGGUCCUCUAUAUGAGCCGGAAUUCCGUGUCGCAGAGUUUGCAAACGCGAAAUAUGCGGCCGCGAUAGAGACCGAUUCCUCGUCUCCUACUUGGGCAAACGCUAGAAUUGGCUUUAAAAUGGGCAGACGCCGUAGCCAGACGCUCCCUGAACCCAACACAGGGAAUGCUGCCAGCCGUGGCCUCUCUGCAGCAUAUGCUGCGUGUCGUGACCAUGGUACUGGCACUCACCACAGUGAUACCUUUCAAGAUAAGUCUCUAGGCAAACCCAAUGAAGAGAGCCAAGCUUUGAACGAUCACUACUGGCCUCUGUCUGAAAAUGAAGCGUCUGCUCGCAACAUUCGAGAUGCAAAGUCUCGGUACGAUACUCUUCCAUCGGGAAGCCCGCGCAAAGGCAGAGCGCAAGUACAGUCGGGAUGCAACCCCCUAAUUCCCGAGAAACAGAUUGUUGAGGGUUUCGCAUCUCCUGGACGUUGGCGCGAGCAGCUCGUUGAUCGACAUGAGACUGCUGAUGAAUACGCCGAAAGUGUUGAGAACCAUGUCAAGAUUCUUCGAAGAGACAUGGGGCCGAAGAAGAACAAGAAGGAACUGGGCGGGUUAGUCCAGCUGAAGAUACAACGGGGAUUGAAGAAAGGGUGGCAUGAUGAGCGUUCCUCAACCCUAUCGGUUGCGGUGCAUGCCACGAACCGAACGGAUGAUGAAAAGUGA